CAAGGGUUUUGCAUCAGUUCCAUGUUCUCUCAGCUGAGAUCACUAGCUAGCUUGCUUCUUGUUAAUUUCAGCUUCACUUGUUAAAGGGCUUCUUUCUUUUCCUUCUCUUUACCUGAUUCCUUGCGCAACUUGAAUCUAAUUCUCUCUUCAAUUCUCAGAAGCUUUCCGGCCUUUCUCUCCCCCAUAGUGAUCGAGGAUGUUAAUUAGCUAGGUUAUACAGGAGAGGAGCCGGCCCUGACCCUGAGUUUGACUUUUUUUUUUUAUCUCAAAAUUCAGAAACAAGCGAGUAGGACAAAUAAAGAAGCAAUCAAUCUUCACCCGAUUUGAUCAUUUGGGUCCUCUUCUUGUUCUACUUUUGUAGCCUGAAAUCGCAAGUCUGGCGAAUCCGUGGUGGACCGGGCAGGUGGGGCUGCCGGGCAUGGACCCGGCAGCGAAUUCUUCAGUGCUAAGCAAACGCCACAGCGAGAUUUCCAUGAACGAAAGCAGCGGCGACGAAGAUAGAGACAACGGAGACGAGCCUAAAGAGGGCGCGGUUGAGGUCGGCACUCGCAGACCACGUGGCCGCCCUCCCGGAUCUAAAAACAAACAAAAACCACCCAUCUUUGUGACCCGAGACAGCCCGAACGUGCUCAAGAGCCACGUCAUGGAGGUGGCUGGUAAUGCUGAUAUAGCAGAAAGCAUCGCCCAAUUCGCCAGGAGGCGUCAACGAGGCGUUUGCGUGCUUAGCGGGAGCGGCUCUGUGGCCAAUGUGACCCUCAGACAACCUGCGGCUCCUGGCGCUGUCGUAGCACUUCACGGCAGGUUUGAGAUUCUGUCUCUGACCGGUGCCUUCCUUCCUGGGCCGGCCCCUCCUGGCUCCACCGGCCUCACUGUGUAUCUUGCAGGCGGGCAGGGUCAGGUUGUGGGGGGAAGCGUUGUAGGGUCACUUGUUGCGGCGGGACCCGUCAUGGUCAUGGCCGCAACUUUUGCUAAUGCAACAUAUGAGAGAUUGCCUCUUGAAGAUGAUGACGAGGCAGCAGGCAGCGCUGGGCGUCAGGCCACCACCACUGCCGGAACUUCCCCGCCCGCAAUUGGAAGCAGCGGCGGGGGACACCAGCUGCCACCUGCUGGGCUGCCGGAUCCCCCAUCGCUUCCUGUUUAUAAUAUGACACCAAAUCUACUCCCCAACGGGGGGCAGUUGGGGCAUGAUGCUUAUGCUUGGGCUCAUGCUCAUGCGCGACCUCCUUACUAGACAAUUAUAUAUCCCUCUUAAUUAGGAGAUUUUACUAAUCUUCUAGCUAUAUAUUCUGUUGUUGUAUUUGGAUGUUAGAGAUAGAUAGGAAGAUGGGAAGAAGAGAAAACCGCGUGGUGUUCUCAAUGUAUAUUAGGCUUUUUGAUUUGUCUAGCUUGGAUAUCCUCUCUGUUUGCAAUAAAAAAACACAUGAAUGGGCACUUUAGUUUUUUAACCACUAA